AUGGGACUAUUUUCACUAAUCACAGGGAGAAAAGGACCAAGUGGGUUUGGUUCAGCUUCAACAGCUGAAGAAGUUACUCAAGGAAUUGAUGCAUCUCAUCUCACUGCAAUCAUCACAGGAGGGACAGGAGGGAUAGGGAUGGAGACAGCGAAGGUAAUGGCGAAGAGAGGUGCUCAUGUUGUGAUUGGUGCCCGUAACAUGGGAGCUGCAGAAAACGCCAAAAUUGAGAUUCUCAGACAAAACGCAAACGCACGUGUGACCCUGCUCCACUUAGAUCUCUCUUCUUUCAAAUCCAUCAAGGCCUUUGCUCGUGACUUUCACGCCCUCCGUCUUCCUCUCAAUCUUCUCAUAAACAAUGCAGGAGUAAUGUUCUGCCCAUACCAACUCUCAGAAGAUGGAAUUGAAUUGCAGUUUGCUACAAAUCACAUUGGUCAUUUUCUGUUGACAAACUUGCUCCUAGACACAAUGAAGAGCACAGCCAAAAGCAGUGGCGUUGAAGGAAGAAUUCUGAAUGUAUCAUCCAUAGCUCAUAUCUAUACUUACAAAGAAGGAAUCAGUUUCGACAGCAUCAAUGACAUAUGCAGUUACUCGGAUAAAAGAGCUUACGGACAAUCAAAACUAGCAAAUAUCUUGCACGCGAAUGAGCUCUCCCGUCAACUUCAGGAAGAGGGAGUGAACAUAACAGUGAACUCAGUCCACCCAGGUCUCAUCCUCACCAAUCUCUUCCAACACACUGCUGUUCUCAUGAGGUUCUUGAAGUUCUUCAGCUUUUACUUGUGGAAAAACAUACCUCAGGGAGCAGCAACAACAUGUUACGUUGCUCUGCAACCACGUGUGAAGGGAGUAACAGGAAAGUACUUUGCAGACUGUAAUGAAGUCAUUCCAAGCAAACUUGCUAGAGAUGAGACUUUGGCACAGAAACUCUGGGAUUUCAGCGUUAAGCUCAUCAACUCUGUUUCUAAAAAGAACUACCUGGGUUUCGAGGACACUACUUAA